UGCCCUUGGUUACGCCCGGUGGCAGCUGUGGGGUCUACGGCUCAGACGGGGGCCAUUUUGCCAGAGGCUGCCUCCCGGAGUUGGGGGCGGCCUGGCGGCAGGCUGAAGCUGUUCUUUUUCCUCUUCUGCAGCUUGGGGCUUGGAGAGAAUCUGGAAGUCCGGGCUCCAUCGAGCCCUUCGGAGACGGCAAUGAUUUCUUCCAACCACCGCCACCUAACGACCCUGCAUGGCGGCUGCGCCCUCCGCUCUGCUUCUGCUGCCGCCCUUUCCAGUCCUCUCUGCCUUUCGGCUCCAGAGCCGCAGUCGUCCUUCCGCCCCAGAGACUGAUGAUAGUGGAGUUGGGGGCAUUAUGAGAGGAGAGAAAAACUACUACUGCCGUGGAACUGCGGGGGACCACGGUUCCUGCCCCACUACAACUUCGCCUCUGACCUCGGCCCUCUUGAUGCCCUCGGAGGCAGUCUCAAGCAGCUGGUCUGAUUCUGGAGGCGGUUUGUCAGGGGGAGAUGAAGAGGAGACUCGGCUCCUUCAACUCCUCCGCACCGCGCCGGAUCCUUCUGAGGCCUUUCAGGCUUUGCAAGCUGCUUUGCCGCGGCGGGGCGGUCGACUUGGCUUCCCCCGACGCAAGGAAGCUUUGUAUCAGGCACUGGGCCGAGUGCUUGUGGAAGGAGGCAGUGAUGAGAAGCGGCUCUGCUUGCAACUUCUCUCAGACGUUCUCCGGGGUCAGGGGGAGGCAGGACAUCUGGAAGAGGCCUUUAGCUUAGCACUUUUGCCUCAACUAGUUGUCUCGUUACGGGAAGAGAAUCCAGCCCUGCGGAAAGAUGCGCUGCAGAUCCUGCAUAUAUGUCUGAAACGUAGUUCUGGAGAGGUGCUGAGAACGCUUAUACAACAAGGACUGGAAAGUACCGAUGCCCGACUUAGAGCGUCCACAGCACUACUGCUUCCCAUCUUGCUUACUACUGAGGACUUGUUGCUUGGUCUGGAUCUCACCGAGGUGAUAAUAUCCCUAGCCCGAAAGCUUGGUGAUCAGGAGACAGAAGAAGAAUCUGAGACAGCUUUCUCCGCACUUCAACAAAUUGGGGAGCGACUUGGCCAAGACAGGUUUCAAUCGUAUAUUUCUCGUCUCCCCUCUGCCCUGAGGAGACACUACAAUCGCCGCCUGGAGUCCCAGUUUGGAAGUCAAGUUCCUUAUUAUUUGGAACUUGAAGCCUCUGGAUUUCCUGAAGAUCCCCUUCCCUGUGCAGUGACUCUUUCCAACAGCAAUCUUAAAUUUGGGAUUAUUCCUCAGGAGCUGCAUUCACGAUUAUUGGAUCAGGAAGACUAUAAGAACCGAACCCAGGCCGUCGAAGAACUAAAGCAGGUGCUGGGAAAAUUUAACCCUAGUUCUACUCCUCAUUCUAGUCUUGUUGGCUUCAUUAGUUUGCUAUAUAAUUUAUUAGACGAUUCUAACUUCAAAGUGGUUCAUGGCACACUUCAAGUCCUGCAUUUACUGGUUAUUCGCCUUGGAGAGCAGGUACAGCAGUUCUUGGGACCAGUUAUAGCAGCUUCUGUCAAAGUACUGGCAGACAACAAGUUGGUGAUCAAACAAGAAUACAUGAAAAUCUUCCUCAAGCUAAUGAAGGAAGUAGGACCUCAGCAGGUGCUUUGUUUACUCCUGGAACAUCUCAAACAUAAGCAUUCCAGAGUGAGAGAGGAGGUGGUGAACAUUUGCAUCUGCUCCCUGCUGACCUAUCCUAGUGAGGAUUUUGACUUGCCCAAACUGUCCUUUGAUCUUGCCCCAGCUCUUGUAGAUAGCAAACGCAGGGUACGCCAAGCAGCUUUAGAAGCUUUUGCCGUAUUGGCAUCAUCAAUGGGCUCAGGUAAAACCAGCAUCCUUUUUAAAGCUGUGGAUACUGUUGAACUGCAAGAUAAUGGAGAUGGAGUGAUGAAUGCUGUGCAGGCCAGAUUGGCUAGGAAAACCUUACCAAGGCUAACAGAGCAGGGAUUUGUGGAAUAUGCAGUACUGAUGCCAUCUUCUGCCGGGGGUAGAUCACACCAUUUGGCACAUGGAGCAGAUACGGACUGGCUUUUGGCUGGUAACAGAACUCAGAGUGCACACUGUCACUGUGGUGACCACGUAAGGGAUAGCAUGCAAAUUUAUGGAUCUUACAGUCCAACUAUUUGUACCCGAAGGGUAUUAAGUGCAGGAAAAGGAAAAAAUAAAUUACCGUGGGAAAAUGAGCAGCCUGGAAUCAUGGGAGAAAACCAGACCUCCACUUCCAAGGAUGUAGAGCAGUUUUCAACAUAUGAUUUCAUCCCAUCUCCAAAAUUAAAGCCCUCUCAAGGAAUGCCAGUCAAUGAUGAUUUAUGUUUUAGCAGAAAAAGAGUAUCAAGAAACUUAUUUCAGAAUAGUCGGGAUUUUAACCCAGAUUAUCUUCCUUUAUGUGCUGCUGGUACUACUGGGACUCAUCAAACAAAUCUUUCUGGGAAAUGUGCACAACUUGGAUUUUCACAAUUAUGUGGUAAAACUGGCAGUGUGGGUUCUGACUUACAAUUCCUAGGGACAACUAAUAGUCAUCAAGAUAAAGUGUAUGCUACCCUCAAUUUUGGCAGUAAGACACAGCAAACAUUUGGUAGUCAAACAGAGUGUACUUCCUCAAACGGUCAAAAUCUAAGUCCAGGAGCCUACAUCCUUCCAUCCUAUCCUCUCUCAUCACCUCGAACUAGUCCAAAGCAUACAUCUCUUAUUAUAUCUCCAAAGAAGUCUCAAGAUAAUUCUGUUAAUUUCUCAAAUUCCUGGCCUCUUAAAAGCUUCGAAGGACUGUCAAAGCGAAGUCCACAGAAGAAGCUUGUCAGCCAAAAAUCGUCUGAUCCUACAAGUAGAAAUGAUGGAGAAAAUUCUCAAGAAAAACCUCCAGUUCAGCUUACACCUGCCUUGGUGAGAUCGCCAUCUUCCCGACGAAGUCUAAAUGGAACAAAGCCUGUUCCUCCCAUACCAAGGGGAAUGAGCCUUUUGCCUGAUAAAGCUGAUUUAACCACAGUGGGACACAAAAAGAAAGAGCCUGAUGAUAUUUGGAAGUGUGAAAAAGAUAGUCUUCCAGUUGAUCUUUCAGAAUUAAAUUUCAAGGAUAAAGAUUUGGAUCAAGAAGAGAUGCAUAGCUCUCUUAGGUCCCUUCGUAAUAGUGCAGCUAAGAAAAGAGCAAAACUAAGUGGCAGUACUUCAGAUCUUGAAAGCCCUGAUUCUGCAGUGAAGCUCGACUUGACGAUGGACUCCCCGUCUCGGUCUUCCUCACCAAACAUCAGUUCUUACAGUGAAAGUGGAGUCUACAGCCAAGAAUCAUUGACUUCUUCUCUGUCUACAACUCCCCAGGGGAAGAGAAUAAUGUCAGACAUAUUUCCAACAUUUGGGUCAAAACCUUUUCCAACAAGACUUUCUUCUGCGAAGAAAAAAAUUUCUCAUAUUGCUGAACAAAGCCCCAGUGCAGGUAUUCUAUCAAGUGCAUUUCAGAUUUCAUGUUAUAGCUGUACUUCUACGCAUGCAAAGACAGAGGAUUGCUUGAGCCUGGGAGGCAGAGGCGUAUUUGGAAGUUUAAGUUCAGCACCAGCAACCUGCAGCCAAUCAGUGAUAUCUUCUGUGGAAAAUGGGGAUACAUUUUCAAGUAAACAAAGUAUUGAACCACCAUCAGGGAUUUAUGGAAGAUCAGUCCAGCAAAAUAUUUCAUCAUAUCUUGAUGUUGAGAAUGAAAAAGAUGCUAAAGUUUCUAUUUCAAAAUCUACUUAUAAUAAGAUGAGACAAAAGAGAAAAGAAGAGAAAGAACUGUUUCACAAUAAAGAUUGUGAAAAGAAGGAAAAAAAUUCCUGGGAACGAAUGAAACAUACAGGAACUGAGAAAAUGGCAUCUGAAGGUGAAACAUCUACUGGAGUCAUUUCACAGUAUAAAGAAAGGAUGCCUUCUGUCACUCAUAGUCCAGAAAUAAUGGAUCUAUCAGAACUACGACCAUUCUCUAAACCAGAAAUAGCACUGACAGAAGCCCUGAGGCUUUUGGCUGAUGAGGAUUGGGAGAAGAAAAUUGAGGGACUGAAUUUUAUUAGAUGCUUAGCUGCUUUUCAUUCUGAGAUACUGAACACAAAGUUGCAUGAAACAAAUUUUGCAGUUGUUCAAGAGGUGAAAAAUUUACGUUCUGGAGUUUCUCGUGCUGCUGUGGUCUGUUUAAGUGAUCUUUUCACUUAUUUGAAAAAGAGCAUGGAUCAAGAGCUAGAUACCACAGUAAAAGUUUUGUUGCAGAAGGCUGGUGAAUCAAAUACAUUUAUAAGAGAAGAUGUUGACAAAGCAUUGAGAGCUAUGGUUAAUAAUGUAACUCCUGCACGUGCAGUUGUUUCUCUUAUCAAUGGUGGACAAAGGUAUUAUGGUCGAAAGAUGCUGUUCUUCAUGAUGUGUCAUCCUAACUUUGAAAAAAUGCUUGAAAAGUAUGUUCCAUCUAAAGAUUUGCCAUAUAUUAAGGACUCUGUUAGAAACUUACAGCAAAAGGGUUUGGGGGACAUACCAUUAGAUACUCCUUCAGCAAAAGGAAGACGAUCUCAUACUGGCAGUGUUGGAAAUACAAGAUCAUCAUCUGUUUCUAGAGAUGCUUUCAAUUUAGCUGAAAGAGAGGUAACUGAAGUUCGUGAAGUCACCAGAAAAUCAGUCCCUCGUAAUUCCUUAGAAAGUGCUGAGUACCUUAAAGUCAUAACUGGUUUAUUAAAUGCAAAAGACUUUCGUGAUCGUAUUAAUGGGAUUAAGCAGCUUUUAUCAGAUACUGAAAAUAAUCAAGACCUUGUGGUUGGAAACAUUGUGAAGAUUUUUGAUGCUUUUAAAUCUCGACUUCAUGAUUCUAAUAGUAAAGUAAAUCUGGUGGCUCUGGAAACAAUGCACAAAAUGAUUCCUCUACUUAGAGACCACUUAUCUCCUAUAAUCAACAUGCUAAUUCCAGCAAUAGUGGAUAACAAUCUGAAUUCCAAGAAUCCAGGCAUCUACGCUGCUGCUACGAAUGUUGUUCAGGCACUGAGUCAGCAUGUAGACAAUUACUUACUUCUACAGCCAUUUUGCACAAAAGCUCAGUUUUUAAAUGGAAAAGCAAAACAGGAUAUGACGGAAAAGCUUGCUGAUAUUGUUAUGGAACUUUAUCAAAGGAAGCCGCAUGCCACAGAACAGAAAGUGUUGGUUGUUUUAUGGCAUCUCUUAGGAAAUAUGACAAAUAGUGGCUCUCUGCCUGGAGCUGGAGGAAAUAUACGAACAGCCACAGCUAAAUUAUCAAAAGCACUCUUUGCACAGAUGGGUCAGAAUCUGUUAAAUCAGGCUGCAUCUCAACCACCACAUAUCAAAAAGAGUUUGGAGGAAUUACUCGAUAUGACAAUUUUAAAUGAAUUAUGAAUCUUUGAUAAAAUACUGUAUGAUGAACAAAAGUGUUUACAUGAUGACAAGUGGAACUUUCCAAAAGUUAUGUUAUCAGUGCCUGCACUUCACAUCCAGCAAAUUAAGUCAAUGGCUAUUUUUAUUUGCAGCCUAUGAGUACACAUCUGUCCUAUAUCAACCUUACCACUUACAUCCAUCACAUAAAAACCUAAAAUAUAUCAUUCAUGAAUAAUUCACGAAAUCUGAGUCACAUGGGAUGAAUUCAAUUUUAAUAUUUUUGAAAAAAGUCCUGCUCAUUUGCACUAUUCUAUAGAAGCUACAAUUUGUUGCCCUGUAUGUACAAUUAGAAUUGUAAUUAAAAAUAUACUUUUUAUUAUGUAAUCAUGUUCUGGUAUGUCUCAUUUCUCAGCCUUAUUUUAUAAAGUGGAAGUCAUUGAACUAUGUUAUCAGAAACUAAGUUUGUAUAUUAUUUGUGAAAAACAUGUAUUUCUGAAUCAGUCCACUAAUAUGAUUGUGCAGUAUUAGCUUGCUUUUGCUGCUGUGUUAAUGUCAUAUAUUAGCUUACCUUUUGGGUUUAAUUAUCUUACAUAAUUGUGAAAUUUAACAAGUUAUAAUAAAGCAUGACAACCAAAGUUUUAGAAAACAUUAAACAUUUUAAAUGCACGUUUAAAAAAACGUGUCGAAUGUAACCCCCCUAUUUUUGUGUGCAAACACUAAAUUUUAUUUCUUUAUGUUUUGACCUUCAUAAAGGUGUUGUUUUGCUGCCCAGUUGUGUAAUUCUCAAAAAUAUUGCCAGGUCUUCUGUAGCUUUUUUCAGAAUUCAUGGGCUUACAAGUACUGUAUGCAUCUUUAAAAAGAAAAGGAAUGUUAUCAAAUAAAAGGAUUUAUUUCU